AUGGUUUUGGCUGGAGAAGACCUGCUUUACCACCAGCAAGAUGAAGAGGAACAAGAAGAUGAUGAGAAUUCAUAUGUGCUAGCUGAGAAUGAAAAUAAUAAUGAUAGCAACAAUAACAUACUUAAUAAUGAUAAAAAUUAUAAUAAUAAUAUUGUAGGUGAUGACAAUAAAAACGCUAUAAAUAAUGAUAAAAAUGGUAGUGAUGAAGAUGAAAAAACUAAAUAUGCUGUUGAUACAGUUGAAAAGUGUGUUGACCAUACAAAAAAGUCACCAUCAGCCAUCACCAUCACCAUAAAGACACUUGAAUUCAACCUGAAAUGCAAAUUCAUCAACACUACAGCCAUUGAAAUCAUCUGGGAUGAACCGAGCAUAGCAAACACCAACAACUUUUGUGGGUAUGUCAUCACAUGGGCUCCUAUUACCACAAAACACAACAUUGAAAGUCACACAUACGUCGAGUUGGACCCAAACAAAACCUGCCACCUGGUGACGGAUUUAGACUACAAUUUACCCUACUGGUUCCUUGUAAAAAUGUUCCUAAAUGAUGGAAUGUUUGUGAAAGAAUCUGCAGACUUUCUUAUUGCAUCAAGAUGGUUCGAACAUGAUCGAGUUCUACUGCCCCAUGGUUUGGCCAUUUAG